AUGCUGGCGGAGGAGCUGCUGAAGCCGACAGGCUCAGAGGCCUUUCCCUUUCCGCUGGUGGGGCUAUGGCCCGCGAAAAGCGAGGCGGAGGUAGUUGCUUCUUGUGCCAAGCCGGUGGCUCUUGCAGCAGGCGUGCAGCACACCUGCGUCGUGAGUGCUGGUGGGGCGCUACUCUGCUUUGGAGGCAACGAUCGUGGCCAGUGCAGUGUGCCGGCGAGUUUGGGCACCGUGAGGUCAGUAGCUGCCGGCUUCCAGCACACUUGUGCAAUUACAGCAGAUUGCGGCUUGGUGUGCUUCGGGCUGAACAGCUCCGGCCAGUGCCAGCUGCCGUCCCACUUGGGCAAAGUAGUGGCCGUGUCUGCCGGUUUCCAGCACACCUGUGUCAUUGAUGCCUGCGGGAUUCUCACUUGCUUCGGCAGCCAGCGGAACGGGCGUUGCGAGAUUCCCAGGGACCUGGGCCCCGUCUUGGCUGUUUGCGCUGGGAUUGGCCACACUUGUGCGAUCACCGCUGUGGGGAAUCUCGUCUGUUUCGGCAGCAAUGAGGCCGGCCAGUGCGACGUACCACCCGACCUCUGCCACGUAAAGGCUGUGGCAGCGGGCCAGAGCCACACGUGCGCUCUCCAGGCCGACGGCGUACUGCGCUGCUUCGGGAGCAACAAGGAUGGUCAGUGUGACGUGCCGAAGGACGUGGGCCGCAUCAUCGGAGUCUCUGCUGGGAUCGCUCACACCUGUGCCUUGACGGCGGCUGGAGAGCUGGUCUGCUUUGGUAACAACACCGCGGGGCAGUGCAACGUGCCCAAAGACCAGGGUCCUUUCAUUGCUGUCGUGGCAGGGUAUCAGCACACGUGCGCAGUACGGGCCACUGGUGAGAUUGUCUCCUUCGGAGCCAACGCCAGUGGACAGUGUGACGUGCCCGUCAACCUGGACGACCCGGGCUGA